AGUUUUAAACAUUUUAAAACAUUUUUUGGCACAAAAUUUAAACCUCUAAUAUGAUUUUUUGGCACAAAAUUAUGUAAAACUAAGACUAAAUGCGGAAUUUCUAAAUAAAUUCUGUUUUGCUUCUACUUAACACAUCGAAACAAUACAGAGAAUGCAAAAUAUAGGAUUGAGAUCUACAUUAAAUGGCUUUGCUAGUUGUAUUGUAAAACAUUUUUUAAAGAUUAGCCAAUCAAAUCAGUCCUACUUCUUAGUACGGAAUGCUUCCUUCCUUAAACAUUCUCCGAAUGUCGUGCUCGACAAAUCGAUCAGGAAUCGAUUUAAAAAUUUACCAAGAAAAGGAGAUGCAUAUCAAGCCACUUAUCUUUGGAUUGAUGGUACUGGUGAAAAUUUACGCCUGAAAGAUCGAGUACUCAAGAAACCAGUAAAGUGUCCUUCCGAAUUACCAAGUUGGCAAUAUGAUGGUAGUUCUACAUAUCAAGCAGCAGGUGAGGAUUCGGAUACAACAUUAAUACCACGCGCCAUAUAUCCAGAUCCGUUUAAAACAAAAAAAGACAUAAUCGUUAUGUGUGAUACUUAUUCAGCUAAUGGCGAACCCACGCAAUCAAAUAAACGCGCAGCAUGUCAAUGUGCCUAUGAUGAGUGUGCAGAUCAAGAACCGUGGUUUGGUAUUGAACAAGAAUAUAGUAUGUUAGAUGUAACAGGUCACCCAUUUGGUUGGCCUCAACAUGGUUUUCCUGCACCUCAAGGGCCUUACUACUGUUCAGUUGGUGCAGACCGUGCGUUUGGACGUGAUAUAGUAGAAGCACAUAUAAGUGCCUGCCUAUAUGUUGGCAUUGAUUUUUUUGGCACAAAUGGUGAGGUAAAACCAGCACAAUGGGAAUUUCAGAUUGGACCAACAGAAGGCAUAAAAGCGGCUGAUGAUUUGUGGGUAUCACGCUAUUUACUGCACCGCAUAGCUGAGAUAUAUGGUGUUGUUAUUACUUUUGAUCCGAAGCCAGUAUUGGGGCCUUGGAAUGGUGCCGGUGCACAUACUAAUGUGUCAACAAAGGCAAUGCGUGAAGAGGGUGGUAUGGAAGAAAUUGUAAAGGCAGUUAAAAAACUGAGUAAAAAACAAAAAAGGCAUAUAGAAGCUUAUGAUCCAAAAGGAGGAGAAGAUAAUAAAAGACGUCUAUUAGAACGAUUGGAAACAUCAAAUAUUGAGAAAUUCAGUUGGGGUGUUGCAAAUCGUGGUGUUAGUGUGCGCAUACCUCGAAGUGUGGAACAAAAUGGUAAGGGUUAUUUUGAAGAUAGAAGACCAGCUGCGAAUUGUGAUCCGUAUUCGGUAUUAAAUGUUUUAAUGCGAACUUGCUUUUUGGAUGAAUAAGACUGGUCGUCAGUAACAAAAUAACAUAUAUCAUGUUUAUAUUCACUUCAAAAAUAUUAUUUAUUUAAUAAUUGUUAGAUUGUGAUAUCAGCAUGCGAAAUGAUGGAACUGUUAAACUUCCAAUUAUAGUGGAAAAUCCUUUAUUGUUUUGUUGUGUGUUAU